GAGUAGCAGUUUUACAUGUACUACACAGAAAUUCGUACAUUUUUUUUAAUAUCCUCUAAUUUUAUAGGGAGUAGUCAUUUGUAGAAAAUAUUUUAGGUAACACUUUUGCUGUAUAUUCUUACCCCCCUUGAAAUCUGAUGAUACUAUGGGCUGUUGUAUAAAUUAAUUCCCCUGUUUUUGUUUUUUGUUUUUUUUUUGUAUUUAGAAUUAUGUAAGUAUCAUUACUUGUAAGAUAAUCAACAGUAAAAUUCUACUUUUUCUAUGUAUAGUAUUCUACUGAAGAUGCCACAACAUAACUAUUGGUUGCUGAAAGAACUUAUGUGUGUGUUAGUAAAAAUUAAAACCUCUUCCAAGAAUCGCCUAGACUCCACCAUGCUGUCAAUCCGCAUUGCUCCUUAUGUGCUGUGGGAUCCAACUUGCAUUGAGUCCAUAUUUCGGAGUUCCCUCUCCAAAAAGAUCACGAUUAUCCAAAUAAUGAUUGACAAAUAUCAACAGUUAUUUGAAGACCAUGACAUUCCAUUUCGUUGGGAUAAUCAAAGUAGGUCUGAUGGUGUCCAAGUGUCACUUAAUACUGCUGCAGGGGACAGUGGAACACCUUUAAUAUACAACGUUUCACAACAGAAGCAUCCUCAUGACUGAAGGAUGUCCUCACCAUUCUAUUUCAAUGUUCCCUUCUAUCUUCCACUUUACCAUCGCAGAAGAUAUUAUUACAAGAAACAACUGCAGUUUUAUAUUGAACCAUAUUACUUGCUGCAAAUAGUUUCAUUCACUAUACUUUAUGUUGUGCAUUAAAUAAACGUAUCUAUUAUAAUAAAUUUUUAUUAUAUGAUUGCGUAAA